AAUUGUGGCUUGUUACUGACAUCCUCGGUUUUACGUAGUAAGGUUUCUACAGUACCCGACGUCGUGCAUGUGUGUACACUCGCCUGGUUACCCCACAUACACAUUGUGACCGAUCUACAGCCUGGCAAGGCACGUUAUCUUUCAUAUUUCAAAGGUCAAGGGCUUCGAUCCAUUGGCGAGCUACGUCACGUAGGAUGGAAAUCAAUCCGGUGAUAGGCACACUGAAAGGAGGAUGACACAGUGUUCGCAACAGACACAACAACAAUGGAAAAUGAGAGAGAAAAAUCACUUCCGGUAGACCGAGGAUGGGCAUGGGCAGUGCUUGGGGGUGCAGUAUCCGUUUACUUCUUCUAUGCCGGAGUAUUAAAGUCCUUUGGUAUCCUGUUUGUUGAAUUUGUUGACAAGUAUCAGGAAUCUGCAGCAGUUACUGCCCUUGUUUCUGGUCUGGAGUCAGCAUGUUUUACCAUAGCUGCCCUGUUAUCCUUGACUGUUGGCCUGAAUUACGCGAAUUGUCGGACGAUUGUCAUAUGUGGUGGUUUGUUCCUGGGAACAGGCUUUAUACUCAGCAGCUUUGCGCAAGAUGUCUACUUUCUGUUGGUGUCCUACAGUGUUGUGUUCGGGCUAGGACAUGGGAUGGUCACGGGCCCUGUUUUAUGCCUGUUAGGGGAAUACUUCGAAACAAAGCGAGGGAUUGCAAACGGGGCCGCAAUGUCAGCUUGUAGCGUGGGUGGGCUGUUAUUUGCUCCUCUGUGCCGAGCUCUGCUCGACGAGUACGGACUCCAGGGAACUCUUCUUAUUUUUGGCGGACUAGUGUUCAACUGUGUAGUAGGAGGUGCACUGAUGCGUCCAAUAGAGUUUUUCUCUCUUGAAAAAAGACGAGCAAAACUGAAAGCAAGCAAAAGCCUUCAGAAAAGGGAAAGAAGAAAAACACAAGAAUCUGGAGAAACAAAUGGCAAUAUAUCGAAAAGUUUACCUACAUUAGAUACAGAGGAACCAUUCAGAGCCAGAUCGCCAACGACGGAUUCAACAUUUUCACCAUUAGCACGAAGGGCUAUGCUAAAGAGAAUGCGAUCAAGGACCGAAUCCGAAGUUGCUGCUCAGGAACCAAUGCUACCGCAAUUGCCACAAUCAACAACCCCACAAUCAAAAUUGGUUCAUGAACCACCUAGAAUGGGAGUAGGGCGAUACUUUAGCAAUGAAAGUCUUAUUAAUGUAGCUGUUGCAUCGUCUGCUGGCUUCAAGACAUCACGUGAAAGUGUGAGAUCUCGGAGAUCUGAGACCUUUGAGAGUACGGAGGUCAGUGCUAUUCAAAUGAAAAAACAAAAGACAGCUUGUCAAGGUGUUUUUAAUUGUAAAAUAUUUUGUAAUUUAGCAUUUGUUCUUUUUGCACCUGGUUACUGGCUUGGUAGCAUAGCCGGUUCACUGCCAGUGUUAUAUCUGCCUGCACAUGCUGGGGAAAUAGGGAUACACGGACAGAGUGCAGCUCUUCUUCUAUCCAUAACAGGGGCCUGUGACGCAAUGGGUCGACUCUUGGCAGGGGUUGUCUCGGAUCAAUUCCAUAUAAAUCCACGAUAUCUGCUUAUUUUGGCCUGUGUGAUUAACGGACUUAUGCAGCAAUUUUCCGUACUUUUUACUACAUACUGGCAUUUUGUGAUAUAUGCAGUUGUGUAUGGUAUAUUCUCGGGAUUUCUGUACUCUUUGUACGCCGUAAUUGUGUUACAAAUGGUUGGUAAUGAGGAUUUCCGAAGCACAAUAACAGUUCUCAUGAUUGGACAAGGCAUAGCAUUUAGUAUAUCCAAUCCAUCAAUCGGUGCACUCAAGGACAGCUACGGUUCCUACGACGCGUCAUUGCAUUAUACAGGCGCAUGCGCAUUGAUGGCAUCUAUUUUAUUCAGCAUGGAAACAUUAAUAUACAAAUUGAAAUCAAGUAAAGAGAAAGAAACAGAUAUAGAAUUGUCUCCUGGAUAGGGAAGUCAAUGUUAUCGACAAGAUUCCUAAAAACAUCCAAUGGAGUUUAAAUACGUAUGAAGGGAUAGGGCAGAACUGAUUUAUUAACAAAAGUAUGGUUAGAUAUUUCAGCAUUCAAUUCUAUCGUACUCUUUGAAUUGAAUAAAAUAAUUCUUCUGUUGAAGAAUUGAGAUUGUGAUCCUAAUAUAAAAAACCUUAUAUAGACAUUUAUGUAUCAUUAUCAUCCUCACUGCCCUCUACUUUAACACUAAAGAACAACAUACAAGAGACUAGAGUAUAACGCAAAUGGGUCAAUCGAAACAAAAUUCCACGCUUCUGCAUUAAAAAAAACGUCUCCAACGGCCUACUUGUAUAUUUGUAAUAUGUUAUACACUGCUUUUGUCAGAGAUCGUGAAUUCUGAAGUACUGUGAUAAGCAGCGUCGUAUAUCUUUUAUUUGUUUUACUGAUAACGGUUAUGAUAACAUCUUCCUUUUAACAAUAAACUAAUUUGAAACUCAAUGAUAGAGCCAUAUUGAUGAUACCAAAACCAUACUACUGAGAAAUACGAUAAAACAUGCAUUUUUUUUUUUGAAAAAAGAGUAUUUAUUUAUACGUUUAUCUUAAUAAAAUAAGAAAUGAAAUACA